AACUAAAUAGUGGGUGGUGAAACAUUAAGUGAUUUGCUUGUGAGACGUAAUUUGCAAAGAAAGAAUUAUAAAGAAAUAUAUGUGCAAAAAAAGACCAAUGCAGCCACAAAUGUGUUGAAGAAAGAUUAGAACAACUUUGGUUUGAAAGAAAAGCUGUGAAAGUGAUUGUCAACACUCUUGACUGCAAAUAAUCGUUUGGUUACAACAAUAAUAAUAUUGGCUUUUUCUCGCGUUUUACUGACAUUUUUAGUGUUUAGCUCGAAAAGCGUGUCUUUCGUACGCUGAAGUCGUGAGCACGAAAUUUGGCAUUGUCGCUAAAGUGCACGCGUCUAACUGUGUUUCUUCGAGUCUAACUCAAAUCUAUAGUUUUAUGAAGUGGGCGCAGCGGUGGUAUAUAACAUCUCAUCGUUGACUUUCAUCGCCUUAACUGCUAAUACGUUCGCUCUUAUUGUCUCGCUCGCUGUUUUUUUUUUUGUCUAUAGAAAGUUAUUGUCAUCUGUAGUCGAGGAUUUAAAGUGUUGCUUUCGGUUGCGCAAACAAGCAAAUAAAUGUCCCCAGAGAUAGUAUACACACAAAUAUCUACAUAUUUAACAAAAAAAAGACAAAGCCACUUGAAUGACAAUUAAAUUGUGAUUAGUGUUUUUAUGUUAAUCUUCGAAAGCUAAGCGCUAAUCGUUGUCUGUUGAACGUUGAUCUUCGAAGUGUUGGAAAUUUAUUCAUUACAAAAAAAGCGCUAGUGACCAAUAAUUUUUAUUUAAAUUUUUACAAAAAAAAAAACAGAGAAUACGGUAAUCAAAAACAAACAAAAAGAAACCAAAACAAAUUGUAUAGAUUUUAUCUUCGUUGUAAGCUUUAACUCUGCUGUCACUUUUAAAUCAACGAAAUGGCAUUUCAAAGACAACACUUGGCCAUUGGCAUCUGUUUGCUUUUGCUGCACUCUGCUGUGGCUGUUGCUUCCGCAAAAGCUGAUGCAAAGGAAGCGGUUGCCGCAAAGGAGAUACAAGACAACAAAAAGAAAGCCGAAUUCCCCGAAGAGGACACUGACAUGCUUAUGGAACCGAAUGACUUCACACCAGUCACCGUUCUUCGUUCGCAAGAGCAGCAAUUCCACGUGCCGCCCACCUACCAUUUCCGCUCCAUCCCACCACAUUCCAACCCACAUGUAAUCGCACGUGCCGAUGUGCACCCCGCUGCACCGCAACCCUCCGCUUCCAUCGACUCACACACACAGGCGGCGCAAAAUUACUAUCCUCCGUUCUUUCGUGAAGCGCCACCACUAGGCCAUUCGCGUCCCUACUUCCCAAUACCCGAUAGUCCAGCCAUACCAAAAUUUGCCGCGCCACAUCCCGAACAAGUGCCACUGGGUCCAACGCAACGCAGCUUCGACCCGGCCAUAUUGGGUUCGGGUGAUUUUGGCGUACUGCGUGGCGGCACUUUCUAUCCCGAAGAGGAAAUGUCCUACCACACCGAUGAGAAUAGUGAUUUCAAUCAAUACUAUGGCGAUCCAAAUGGACAUGGACGGCCGUCCAAUGAGGAGUUCGUACAAAAGUACACCUAUCCAGAGGAACAGUUUGCCGAUUUCCGCGAUUUUGCUGACAUAAAUACGCCCGCCGAUUCAGCUUUCUCGCAAUUUGUUGUUGUAUAUGCAGCUAAAAAUUCAACUAAACCCAGCACGCAUCCACGUCCGAAGAACAUCUUUGAACAAUUGGAAUUGUUCGAUCGCGAGAAAGAGCAAGAAGAGAAGAAGAGGCGAGCGAGCAAAUCGAAAUCGAAAUUGUCCAAAACGAAAUUGCAAAAGAAAUACAAGAAGAAGACAAGUCCGAAGGAUGUGGACUAUGAACCGCUGUUGGCAUUAAGUUAAGCACUUAGAGGUAGAGAAGGUUAAGCAAAUUGUAGCAUAUGAAAAAAUUAUUUAUAGAGCGGAAGUGAAAGAUUGGAUUCGAGGGUGAAAAUUUGAAAGCAAUUUUGCAGUGACAUAAAGAAGCGCUUUCACAGAAAUAUUUUGCAACAACCUGUUAGGUUGGCAUAGAUACUGCUAAGAUUUCAACCAAGAAUUCGCCUGAAAUCGGGCUGAAUAUAAAAUAACUUUCAAAAAUAUAAACUGUACAAGUUCUGAGGUAAUUUUUCAGGCUAACGUAAUAUUUAGGAAUUUUGCGGUAAAAUAGCUAUAGCACUGUUCACUUUUUAGUUAUCCACUGCCGACUAGAGUACACACUUCGAUAGCAUUUCUUAUAUAAUUCAUACUUUUAUACUCAAAACCUUUUCAGUAUAGACAAGCUCAAAUUUUAGUUUUAGAAUACGGCCUGCAUUUACCAUUUAAGUUUCUUUAUGCAGUGAUUAUUUCUUGCAAGCUCUCAUUUCUUCUUUGACACAUCUUACUAAGGAAAUCUAAUUUUUAGCAUAAUGUUUCAUUAAAAAUUUUUUAAAAAUGUCACAACAGAAAUUUCAUUUAUCGUUAGCUUAAAUUCGCUACAAAAAAAGGAAUAAACUUUUUUUUAAAUCAGAUUAGAAAAGUAUGUACAUUAGGAUGGCGCAAAAAAGUAAGGUCGGAAUUUUAAAGCACUCAUACCCUAGGAUUUUUCUAUACCGGUAACAGUAUACCCCAAUUUUUUUAUUUUGCAAUCAAACAAAUAUUUAAAGGUCGCAAAAAAUAAAUAAAAGCUACUUUUCGUAGAAUUUUUUUUCGAUCGCGAAACUCCAGUUCUCUACAGGAGACUUUCCGCAAUAAUACCCAAUUGCUUAUUUAGCCAUUAAAAAAACAGGCGUAUACUUUUCUCUGGUAUAGAGUAAUCCUAGGGUGUGAGUGCAUAAAAAUUCCGACUUUAC